CAUUGUAUUCGCGAUAACACUUCCAGUCUCCAUUCAGAGGGAAAGGAUUCGUUCCUAAUCAGCCAUGGCUUUAUCAUCCUUAUCUGUGCUAGCCUGCCUAUGUCUCAUCUCACUCACAGGAGUGUUGGCGGACGACUGUGCACCCUAUGUUGGUUCUGAUCUACGUAUACAUGAGAAACAGCAAUGUAUUCUAUCGUUCUGUGCGGGAAAUUGCUGGGAGAGAUACUGCGGUUUGCUCCCUGGAACAAUGUUGGAUCAGUCACAAUUCUCGUGUCUGCUAAACAAUCUUUACGUGGUGAUUGGAGUGGGCCUUGUGAUAGGUCUGAGUUUGGUGGCUUCUCUGAUCACCUGCAUCUGUAAAUGCUGUUUAUGUUGCCAUUUGUCUUCCCGUCCAAGCCAUUCUCACGUAACUUCUUCUGUGGCAGUGACCAAUGUCACACCUCAGCCAAUUGUGAUGCCAAUGGCUUACGCAGCAGGAUACCAGCCAGUUCCAAGCCAUCCUAUGCAUGCCGGACCAGCAGACAAGGCCUGCAUGCCCCCACCAUAUCCAGGUGAGGCCUCGUACCAGUUCAAGACACCCUGCUAGAUAUCAUGUAUUAGGUGCAGACAACAUGGGUUAUGUUGAGUAUCCCUGAAAUGGAAACUCCCACCGGAACUCAUAACAACAAUCUGAUAUCACUGUACUGUUCAAUAUAGGGAGAGGGAUAUUCUUAUUUUUUUUCCAGACUUAACUCAAAAUGUUGUACUGUUUCUACUUUGGUGUGUAGUUACUUGGCAUGGCUAACUCCUAUACUGCAAUAUGGGUUGCAGUACUCUGGCCCUGUUCAUUAGAGCAGUGGUCCCCAACCCAGGCCUCAUGGACCAGUAACAGUCCAGGAUUUAUGUAUUUCCCCUUUUUUUUAAAAUUCAAAUGGAGAUACUGACGAAACCUAAACUCAAGGAUGGAAAUGAUCUCCAUUCUAAAAUCUGGGAAUAUUUACCUAGGAUGCUGUAAAGUAUUCCCAUGUUUCACGGAUAUUCUGUAAUCAGUAAGUAGAAAGGAUGUCCCAGCCAAUACCUGAUGUCCCAUUGCUUACUAUGGUGAACGCACUGCAUAUGUAUGAUAUUAAAUGUGCUUGUGCUGUGCUUUCCUAAACAAAAUCAGAGCUGUACAGUAAGCAUUAGUGGGAGUCAGUUGUGACAAUAUUGCGCAAUCCACUCCCAGUGUUUGUGCAGUAUUCAAGAUAAAGCCGGGCUGUACAUUUUGUACAGCUUGUGUAGCAAAGAGAUAGUGUUCUAACUUUGACUCAAUAAUCUGUAUGUAUAAUGUGUGUGUGUGUGU